AUGCGGCCAGCGGUGGCCAAGCUGCGGCGAUCCCGAUGUCCAGUUCUCUGCCUGGCGACAUCCUGCUUGCUGUUCCUAUGUUGCCCAUGCACACGCCCAAAAGGCUUGAUACUAUUUUCCCUCCCGGAUUGGAAGCAUCCCAUGGUGAAGGCAGUGCACGACAUGUCUACAGAGCAAUGGCGUAAAACCUCUAACAGCACAACAAUUUAUGUCCUGAACGAGUUGUCGAGAGAACCACAGGUUCAGGCAGUGCGUGACAUGGCCGGACAGAACUGGUCUGCUCUGCCCACAGAGACCAGAAAAAAGUUAUUCAUGGAUUCCCAGGAUGAGCUGAACUUUCUUUUCAUCAGGUCUAUUCAGCAUGACAUGCAAACAGUUCGAGAAGGCCUGUUGAGCAGACGCGCGUGCGAUGAGCUGGUGGAUGCAUGCAAGCAUGCUCUAGGCACUGAUAUCGUUGUGGAGUUGGUCGGAUCCUUGACGAGAAACACGGCUUUUGACGAAGACUCCGACUUGGACAUGCAGGUCAGGCGAACUGGCGAGCGCGCAGACGAAGAGUUCAUGGAGGAAGACAAGCUCAAAGUUGCACAAAACUUACAAACACUUCCGUUUGUAGGAAAGGUUGCAAUUGGAAAUGUGGCCGUCAAGUUUGAUUUGGGCAAUCUCGAGUCGGGGACCCUUACACAUGUGGACCUUGUACUCUUCAGGAAGCGUCCAGAACAGUUUCCAAGGCUUCGCGGAGGGGAUGACUUCUGCGCGAAUUCUGCUCGCAUCAACGAAUUUCUCGAGCAAACGCCUGCAGCUGCAGCUGCCGUUAUAGGAAUCAAGAACUUUUUUCGUGGUGAGAGGCCCUCAGGAAUACUGCUUGAAGCCAUCGUAUGGCGACUCUCCAGCAGAUUUCCAUUGAGCAGCAAUGUUUCAGUAUUUGCAAGCUCUGGCUCGUUCGACGCAGGUAUCCGGGAGGAGUGCUUUCAAUUCUUUACGCAUGUGGUGAAAAAAACUGCGGCACUGGCAGAGUUCGACAUUCGGUCGUGA